CUGUCUCGCCAAGACCGAGCACCGCUAUAAAGCCCAUGGCCUCUCCUCAUCUUGGCGCCCGGCACAACUUUCACUCCAUUGUGCGCUUUCCGGAAACAUACCCGCUUUUUUCUUUCCCUACAGCAAUGUCGGCCGAACUCAACACAUUGCCAGACGACGUCCUGUUCCACGUCUUCAGCUUCUGCAAUGGUGACGACAUCAGUGCAUUUUCGCAAGUCUGCCGCCAGUUCCGCCAGGUCUGCGAUGACGACUACCUGUGGAAGCAGCUGUUCCUUAGGCGCUUUGGGCACGCUCCCGAGGGCAACCUGAGCACAUACAAGGCCGAAUACUACGAGAGCGAGCGUACAAUUCUCAGUGUCGCCGACGACUGCACAAUCGCACACAACCACAACCCGUACUGGCAGACCAUUGACGACCACCGCAGCAUCUUUGGCAGAGUGUCGCUGCUACAUGCUGUGAGCUGGCUACACGUAUUUGGUGAGCUGCAUGGCGUGCAUAGCGGCACAUAUAAUGUAAUCUGGCGGCUGUCGGUUCUACCGCGCGCACAGCACAUAUUCGACAUAAACUUCCGGGCAGAAGCAAACGGAAACAUAACCGAAUCCCGGCUCCCAGAGUCGGCGAAUCUGCUUGACUUUGGAUCCGACUACUUUGACUUUGUGCUGCCUGAGCCGCUGGUUGUACUGAAGCCAUUUGAGGAUGUUGCUGUUGAAUGCAGAUGCACAACAAACACCUGGAAGAGCAAUCUAAAGCUGUGCUCGGUGCGGCUAGAGCCCAUCGACGAGCGCCGGAGAGGGCAGCGGCUGCGGUGGGCAGAGCAGGUGAAGCGGUCAGCCCAGGCGUCGAAUGGCAACAGACCGUGGCAGAUCCGGUUCCUGCGAUCGCGGCCAGGCGCAUCAUACCGCCUGUGGAAGCCCUGGAUACAGCGGCAAUGGUACGAGGCUGGGUUUAUCGCGAUGUUCUGUGCCAUAGCCCUGGCGCUAUUUGUGCACAUUCUCUUUACACACACAGCCAAGUGAGGCACUGGCUAUUCAAUCAGCAUCCUAUGGUGCAGCGUCUUCAGAUCCUCGAGGAAGCCCACUGGGGUGAUGAUGUGCGUCGACCCAAUAAAAAUAUUGCGCUCUGUCUCUUCAGCAACCUCGUAGGCUGUGCGCAUCUCCGAGUACGUCAUUCCGCCAGCGACGUAGAGGAUGAUGGUGCCUUUGGUAUUGGGGACCUAUUUUGCAGCAGCCAUUAGCUCGCUGUUCACACUGUCAAAUAAACACGCAUUGCUAGCACGCAUCUCGCACUUGCUUACCUUGUGCCGCGUCUUGUUCCAAUGGCUCUUGGUCCU